CGGUAUUUCGUGAUGCACUCGCGACAACUUUUCGCGCGCGAUGUUCACUUUAGACAGUAACAAUCGCGAGCAUUACACGGAGCGAUCCGAAUACGCGACGCGUCCAUCACACGAUUGACUCCGGUUUGAAAUCUAUCGAAAAAAUUGCGAUUCUCGAAGUAUCGAAACGUCAUAACUACUUCUCACUUCAAUCGCAAAAAGGGGGCGUUACUGUAGCCGCGAGCUCAAUUACGAAGUCCUUUCGUUCGGAGAAACUUUAAUUAAUGAAAGAAAUUAAUUAGCUAUAAAAUAAAUGCAUAGCAAUAGUUUUAUCAACUUAAAUAUUUAAUUACUGGUGUAAUAGAUCCAUCAUUAAAUCGAGAUGGUGCGAAGUAGCGACAAGGAUAGGCAUCAUCGGCGAAGAUCCAGGUCGAGAUCGAGAUCUAGAUCGGCUGAACCUGAGAAAAAACGACGGCGUUCCAGAAGCAGGGAGCGAGAGAGGGACAGGGACAAGGGACGUCAUAGAGAACGGAGGAGUCGUUCGCGAGAUAGAGAUAGAGAAAGGAGUGAUAGAAGGGAACGUUCCGAGAGGGACAGGGAUCGCGAGAGAAAACGUGGAGACAGUAAAGAAAAGCGUCUUACAGGCUCAAAGUCUUCGCGCUCUGGCAAAGAACGAUCAAACAGGUCUCGGUCACGCGAUAGGAAGGAUAAAGAAAAGGGCGACAGCGAAGAGUUGCCUUUUGACCAUACAAAACUGGACAAGGAGGAAGAACAAAAAAGGCUAGAAUUGGAAAUGCAAAAGAGAAGGGAAAGGAUAGAGAGAUGGCGUGCAGAAAGGAAGAAGAAAGAGCUGGAAGCAACCAAAAAAGACGGUAAGACAUCUAUUUUGGCAAAUCUUCAGCUACCCAUGAAAAAAUGGUCCCUUGAGGAUGAUAGUGACGAAGAGACUCCUGUGGUACAGAAUAACACCAAGGAAGCAAAAGAAGAAGGUGUAAAGGAAGAAGUUGAAGAAGUGAAGGAAGAAGUAAAAGAUGAAGAGGAGGAAAUUGAUCCACUUGAUGCUUUUAUGGCAGAGGUUCAAGAAGAAGUGAGAAAAGUUAAUAAAUUUGAUAGUAAAGCUCCAAAAAGUGCCAACAAUGGCACAAAUUCUGGUGCGCAGAGUGUGGUUAUUGUGACUGGUGUGGCUAAGAAAAAAGUUCAAAAACAAAAGGGAGAAUUGAUUGAGCAAAAUCAAGAUGGUUUGGAGUACUCCAGUGAAGAAGAAGGCGAGAAUCUUCAUGAGACUGCCGCUGGUAUAGCAAACAAACAAAAGCGAGAAUUAGCCAAAGUUGAUCAUGCUACAACAGAUUAUCAACCAUUUCGAAAAUCUUUUUACGUCGAAGUUCCUGAAAUUGCAAGAAUGACACCAGAAGAAGUAGAGGCAUACAAAGAAGAAUUAGAAGGUAUUCGUGUGAAAGGUAAAGGCUGCCCAAAACCUAUCAAGUCUUGGGCGCAAUGCGGUGUGACCAAGAAGGAAUUAGAAGUUUUGAAGAAACUUGGUUACGAGAAACCAACACCCAUUCAAUGCCAGGCAAUCCCGGCCAUUAUGUCUGGUCGUGAUCUCAUAGGUAUAGCAAAAACUGGUAGCGGAAAGACGCUAGCUUUUCUGUUACCUAUGUUUCGUCACAUACUUGAUCAGCCACCAUUAGCCGAUGGUGACGGACCGAUUGCAUUGAUUAUGACACCGACUAGAGAGUUAUGCAUGCAAAUUGGCAGGGACUCGAAAAAAUUUACAAAAUCAUUGGGCCUUUCGCAUGUGUGCGUUUAUGGAGGCACUGGCAUUUCUGAACAAAUAGCGGAGCUUAAAAGAGGGGCCGAGAUUAUCGUAUGUACACCGGGAAGGAUGAUCGACAUGCUCGCUGCUAAUAGCGGGCGUGUAACCAAUUUACGUCGCGUGACGUAUGUGGUGCUCGACGAGGCCGACAGGAUGUUCGAUAUGGGUUUUGAACCGCAAGUAAUGCGGAUUAUGGAAAACGUGAGACCAGAUAGACAGACUGUGCUGUUUAGCGCGACAUUCCCGAGACAGAUGGAGGCGCUGGCCAGGAGAAUUCUUACGAGACCGGUGGAGGUGCAGGUCGGUGGACGGUCCGUAGUUUGUAAAGAUGUUGAGCAGCAUGUGGUUGUACUCGAGGAAGACCAAAAGUUCUAUAAAUUGCUUGAGAUUCUUGGACAUUAUCAAGACAAAGGUUCUACCAUUAUAUUUGUGGACAAACAAGAGAAUGCAGACACAUUGUUGAAGGAUCUUAUGAAAGCUUCAUAUUCCUGCAUGUCUCUCCAUGGUGGUAUAGAUCAAUGCGACAGAGAUUCGACUAUAUUGGACUUCAAAGCCGGACGGACAAAAUUGCUCGUGGCCACCUCCGUUGCCGCUAGAGGCUUAGAUGUCAAGCAUUUGGUAUUAGUCGUUAAUUACGAUUGCCCUAAUCAUUAUGAAGAUUACGUGCACAGAUGUGGUAGAACUGGUCGGGCUGGAAAUAAAGGGUACGCGUACACUUUUAUUACAUCAGAGCAAGAACGUUAUGCUGGCGAUAUUUUACGUGCGCACGAAUUAGCAGGUGUACCUGUUCCAGAACCCUUGCGUCAGUUAUGGGAAGGUUACAAGGCACGUCAAGCUGCGGAUGGAAAGAAAGUUCACACCGGAGGUGGUUUCAGUGGCAAAGGGUUCAAAUUCGAUGAAUCAGAAGCUGCUUUAGCAAAUGAGAAAAAGAAAUUCCAAAAAGCAGCCUUGGGACUGCAAGAUUCCGAUGAUGAAGACAUAGAAAAUGAUAUCGAUCAACAGAUCGAGAGUAUGCUGGCACCUAAGCGAACAGUUCGCGAAAUAGCUAGACCAACCGCGACUAAUAUCACGGUACCUGGUCAACCGGUACCUAGCGCAACCGAUAAACUGGAAUUAGCCAGGAGAUUGGCAUCGAAGAUAAAUAUCGCUAAGAAUCUGGGCGCCGAGGCGAAGGGCGCCACUCAACAAGCGGCGGAAGCCAUACUCAAAGGAGCAGGACCUACGAAUCUUAUUACGGCAAAGACAGUCGCUGAACAGCUCGCGGCAAAAUUGAACACUAAAUUAAAUUAUCAACCACGCGAAGAGGAUCUGGUGGAAAGCGACGCGGAAACGGGUGAACAAACGUUCCGCAAGUACGAAGAAGAGCUCGAAAUCAAUGACUUCCCACAGCAAGCGAGAUGGCGAGUCACGAGCAAGGAAGCUCUAGCUCAGAUUUCAGAAUAUUCUGAGGCAGGUCUUACAGUUAGAGGAACAUAUAUUGCGCCUGGAAAAACUCCACCGGAGGGCGAAAGGAAAUUAUAUCUAGCGAUUGAAUCUACGAGCGAGUUAGCAGUCAGCAAGGCCAAGGCAGAAGUGUCUCGGCUUAUCAAGGAAGAACUCAUCAAGCUACAGGCGUCUGGCGCUCACACUGCAUCACGUGGUCGAUACAAAGUCUUAUAAAAAUUCAAAAUCACUUUGGUAAAAUAUACCAUAGGGAUAUUAUGUCAACGUCACAUACAGAUCAUAUUUGGAUAUGGUAAUAUACAUAGUGUCUGAUAAAGGUUAUAUCAACGUUCGUGAGCGGGUAGAGCAGUAAACUGAACGGAAAAGUUUAUCAUUUUUUUCAUUUCCAAAAUGGUAAAGGGGAAUAUAUCAUUAUAUAUUAUAUUAUAUAUACAUAAUAUAUAUUAUAUGUGUGUGUAUAUAUAUAUAACAUAUUAUAUAUAUUAUUAUAUUAUAUAUAAUGUAUGUUAUAUAUACAUUAUAUAUAUUCCUAAAGAACUUCCUGCUCAGUCUACUGCGCUCUAUCCGCUCACGCAUUGGCACAAUUUUUAUAUUAGACACCCUGUAGAUAUAAUUAUCUAUAUAUGAUUAUCACAUCUACGUAUAUGAUAAAAGUUGUAGAAAUUUAUUAUUCAUACAAAUGACGAUAUAAACUAUUUGUUUUUAACAAUACAAUUAUACACAAAUACUUCAUACUCGUUUUUGAUGAUACAAAUAUGAAAUAUUUGUUUUUAAUACAAUAACAAAAUAUACUUAACAAUUGUAGGAGCAUUAUCCAUAUCAUUGGCACGAACCAUUGCAGGCUAUCGCAGAUGUAUAAAUAAAAUGCGAACACACAUUUAUUACCUG